CAAAGAAAGAGCGUUGUUUCUAGCAGAAGGAGGGGUGCCCAAAGACAGAAAAGGGCACGGCUGAAACCUGUCCCGUGGCAGCAGCGCGCUGGCAGGUGGCUGCAGCAGGGCGAGGAAGAAGAUGCAUAGGGCCGGCACCUUCCUUACUCUUCUAGGCGGGGGACAAAAGCCAUUCUCUGUGUUGGACUAAGAAGCGGACUCUGAAAAGCACAGGUCCCGGGAGCCCUCCGGGAUGCCUGAGAGCGUCUGCCUCCUGCCUCCAGCCUGGCUCCCACCAUGAGCACCGAGCUUAACGUGCCGGCGGACCCCUCCACCCCCGCCUGCUCUGAACCUGGCCACAAGGGCAUGGAUUACCGGGACUGGGUCCGCCGCAGCUACCUGGAGCUGGUCACAUCCAACCACCACUCUGUGCAGGCGCUGUCCUGGAGGAAGCUGUACCUGAGCAGAGCCAAGCUGAAGGCCUCCAGCCGGACCUCAGCCUUGCUGUCGGGCUUCGCCAUGGUGGCCAUGGUGGAGGUGCAGCUGGAGACGCAGUACCAGUACCCGCGGCCGCUGCUCAUCGCCUUCAGCGCCUGCACCACGGUGCUGGUGGCCGUGCACCUGUUCGCCCUGCUCAUCAGCACGUGCAUCCUGCCCAACGUGGAGGCCGUGAGCAACAUCCACAACCUCAACUCCAUCAGUGAGUCGCCGCAUGAGCGCAUGCACCCCUACAUUGAGCUGGCCUGGGGCUUCUCGACCGUGCUGGGGAUCCUGCUCUUCCUGGCCGAGGUGGUGCUGCUCUGCUGGAUCAAGUUCCUGCCCGUGGACGCGCGCCGCCAGCCCGGCCCCCCGCCCGGCCCUGGCGGCCACACAGGCUGGCAGGCCGCGCUCGUGUCCACCAUCAUCAUGGUGCCCGUGGGCCUCAUCUUUGUGGUCUUCACCAUCCACUUCUACCGCUCGUUGGUGCGUCACAAAACCGAGCGGCAUAACCGCGAGAUCGAGGAGCUGCACAAGCUCAAGGUGCAGCUGGACGGGCACGAACGCAGCCUGCAGGUGGUGUGAGGUGCGGCGCCCCGGGCGCAGGCCAGCAGCGCCCUCCCCCGACACCCGCCCCGGGAGCCAGCGAUGAGCGCCUUGCCUUCCGGGGAGCAUCACACAAGGGAAUGUGGGGACUCCCGGCAAGGCUGCCUAGACGCUGCCCGAGAGUUCCAGACCGAAGUCUGUUUCAUAUCAGAACACCUGGCUCCCACAGAAAGUGGAAAUUUGUCAUUAAAAAGAGAGACUCUGUUGCCAAGAGCUGGGAGGAAAAACAAAAAACAAAAAACUGAGUCCUUGGGCCUGGGGAUUCUCUGCGGCAGGGGACAGGGCUCCAGGUGGCACCCAGGCGUCACGGGCAAGAGCAGUCUGAGACACGUGGAACUGGUGGCCUGCAGAGGUGGGGAGAGUUGGGGGAGGGCAGAGUGUCAGAGAAGGGAUUGCCCGCUGGCACGAGAGGCGGGUCUCCUGGCGGCCGGGUGCUGUGUCUGAUGGGCCGGGGUCCAGGCCCACAGCUUGGCCUGGUGCUUCCCUUGGCUGCCCUGGGGGCAGUCGGUGGCCUGGCCCACAGACGAAGGGCAGGAGCCACUCAGUGGGUCUGGCGGGUGCUCAGCCGGCCUCGGGGAAGAUGUCCGGGGGAGGAUGGAGGCCUGGCGGGUCUGGCGGGGCCUGUCUGUGGGCAUCCCUUGUGAGAGGUCAUCUUGAGGAGACUGUCAGCUCGGGCGGUGCUCUGAGGCACACCUGGCCCGCAUUCUCUCUUCUUAGCCGGCCUGGAGCCCAGUCACAGUGACCCAGCAAAGCUACCAGGUUGGGAAAAAGACCCACAGUCCAGAGUCCUCCAUGUUUGGGCUACAAAAUGGCCUUGGAGCCCAAGUCAGCUGCCCUUCCAGGCCUUGGCUGCCAGAGUCACUUGUUCAGGAAGCAGGCUCUGCUGGGCUCUCCCUGUGACCCCAGGAGGCAGGAGGGGGCAGCUGGGGGAUUUUUGUCUAGACAAGGCCUUUGGCCAAACCUGGCCAAAUGCGGAUCCCGCUUGUAACGAAAGGUGAGUCCCCACAUAGUACUCCCCUGCAGGGACCCCCAGUCCUCCCUGCCACAGACAGGGGCCCAGCUCCCACAUUUCCAUGGCCGUGCGCAGUGUGGGUUGUGCUGUUUUCUCUAGACCGGAGCGUGGGCUCUUGGGCAGUGCACAUACACACUAUAGCUCAGCCCGUGGGCGAGCAUGCCGCAUCCUGACUGUCUUUAAACACCAGGCUUACCACACGGGCCAGCCGCCACCCAGAGAGGGAGCCUUUUCUUUUGUUUUCAGAGUCCUCGGACGUCAUGCUCCGAUGGCAUUUCUGUGGACAGCUUACUCUGUGGGGUCUGGGCCACCUGUGCUGAGAAACCCUGGCUGGCCUGGUGGGGUUGCUGGGAACGUGACAUACUGUUGAGGACACAAACCUCAACACGUAACCAAAAUGCCAAGGGGCAGCCUGGGAGCUGUGCCAAGAAGCACCGUUUAAGUUGGGACAUUGUGGGAGCCUGGGCAAGAGCCUGGCGUCUUCCAAAGGGCGUGUCCCUUGCAUCCUGCAGACGUCUGUGGUUACUUGCCUGCUCUCUGGUGCAUGUCUGUUCUUCCUCAGAGCCUUGUUGAAAAGGCUUGUCUGGCUUACUCUGUAUUUGCUUUGUGUCCGCAUCUCUGUUAGACAGCCACUCUGUGUCCUGGACAAGACAGGCUGGCUUCUCCCAACAGCUGGGGGUGGGCAGUAGGCCCUUUCUCUAGCCUGGGCCUUUCGAGAGGGGCCAUGCUGGCCUCACUGUCCCGGGCCUUCUGGUGCCUCUGCCCCAAGUGUGCCAGACUUGCCAAGCUCCCCAGACUGGAAGGCACUCCCCGGUGCCAGCUAGGGGCCAGCUGUUAAUGCCUGCUCUGUGGGCAGAGCCUCGGGCCUGGCCACAUAGAGCUAGACACUGGGUUACCCGUGACAGUACCACAUGAGCAGGAAAGGUGUCACAUCUCGUGUUUUUAACAAUGAUUGGAAGAGCAUAAUUCUUGUUCUCUUUCAUCCAGAGUGUUCUCCCAGCUCCUGGAGGCAGGGGGCAAGCAGAGGAAUUUCUGUGGGGACAGAGAGGAGCAUGGGUCUGGGGACUGGUGGUCAGUAGGGAAGCUUCAGGGUGGCCCCAGAGUUUCUGGGGAGAUGGAGGAUCUGCUGCUGUUUGGAGCUGCAGACACGACAGCAGGGCGGCCGGGGGGGUGGGGGGAGGCACAUUACAAGCUGGAAAGUUGGUUUCUGGAGGUUUAACCUGAUUGUGAAGUGUUCCAAGUGCGGCGGGCGCCCUGGAGCCAGCGUGGCUUUGCCCUAUUUUCCUCUGAGCAGAGCCUCCCCCGCAGAUGCGCUGGGGCCCUUUCCAGAGCGGAACACGGUCUCCACUUGGUACCUGCCCAGAAGUUUCAAAACUCCAAGAACUUU